GUAGUCAACCAUAAUGAGCAACGGGCUGUUAUUAUUGCUGCUCUUCAGCUGGUCACAGCCAGCGUUGAUCCACGGCAGUCACAACAUGACCUUAGUGAGGUCUGUUCUAAGCGUCAUCGCCACCCGGGAACACUGGAGUAAUACGCCUAUCUUCGUGGGACACAGAACAAAACUGGAUGAUAUCAACAGUCUGAUAACCUGGCUCCAUCGAACCAUGGCAGUCAGUAGUCACACGGUGGAUUUGUCUACGCCAGCUCGAAAGCAGAGACCCCUUGGUCAAUAUAACAUGAACGCGGACAAUGCCAUUAGCUUGCUCUUCUGCCACAGCCGCCUGGAUCUCAUUUGGAAUGCUCUGAAUAAAAGUCUGCAAAGGAUGCGUCGCGGUCGCUUAAUUGUCGUCUUGCGCUCAAAACGAAGUGGCUCGUACAAGGCGAUACACGCCAUAUUCCAGAAGCUCUGGCACCAACAGUUUCUCAACGUUUUGGUGCUGCAUAAGGAUCGAAUCUAUUCCUAUACUCCCUAUCCGGCAGUGCGCUUCUUUCAGAUGAAUCUCACUUCGAUUCCGCUCUUUCCAGCAACUACAAGCAACUUUCAGGGCUAUGUUGUGUCCACUCCAGUGGAGAAUGAUAUUCCGCGAGUGUUUGUGGUGCAUGAUCCCCACACAGGACGGAGACAUAUACGAGGCUACGCCUAUCGCACCUUUGUGGAGUACUUGCAACGCCACAAUGCCACUCUGCAGAUUACUAAUCCUCACGAGAAUCUUGGCCCCACGAGCAGUGUCAAUAUGGGCCGAAUUGCGCAGCUUAUAAUGAAAGGACACUUGGAGAUUUCAGCGCAUCCGUACAUCAGAUCCCCCAGUGAUUUUGGGGACAGAAGCUAUCCGUUGAUGGUCACACAAAACUGCUUGAUUGUUCCGGUACGUAACGAGAUUCCCCGCCACAUGUAUCUACUGCUGCCCCUCAACCAAUCAAGCUGGCUGCUACUGCUUGGUGGAGUGUUCUACAUUAGUGGAGUGGUUUUCUGGGUUCGUCCCGACAUGGGCAGGAGGACCUGGCAACAGCGUGUUGGGUUGAGCUUUCUAGACGCCGUCAGCCGUGUACUGUAUAUCUCUUCGCCUGCAAGGAUAGACAGUCCUUCUCUGAGAUACUUCAUAGUUUUCCUGCAGCUGACCAUCUUGGGAUUUGUAUUGUCCAACUGGUACAACCUUCAGUUGGAUAGCUUCCUCACCGCAUUGGUGGUGGGCGAGCAAGUGAACUCAUGGGAGCAGCUUAUUGAACAACAGCAGAAGGUUUUAGUCAAGGAGUAUGAGGUCGAAACAGUUCUGCGUCAUGUACAUCCGCGUCUCGUCAGUAGAGUGGCCCGCCUGAUAGUGGGCGUUAAUGCCAGUGAACAGGUCUCGGCCCUGCUCAGCUUCAAUCGCAGCUACGCAUAUCCCUUCACCACGGAGCGCUGGGAUUUUAUCGCCAUGCAGCAGCAGUACGCCUUCAAGCCGAUCUUUCGAUUCUCCUCCGCUUGUCUGGGCUCGCCCAUUAUAGGCUAUCCGAUGCGCAGCGACUGCCACCUGGAGUCAUCUCUCAGCAUGUUCAUUAUGAGGAUUCAGGGCACGGGGCUUCUGCAGCACUGGCUUGUCUCCGACUUCAACGAUGCUAUGCGGGCUGGCUAUGUGCGUCUGCUGGACAAUGUCCUCGGAUUCCAAGCCCUAGAUGUGGACACAUUGCGACUUGGUUGGUGUGUCCUGGGCUUCGGCUGGCUACUCUCUGUCUUGGCUUUCACUUGCGAACGCUUGCAAUUUUACCGACCCCGUACAGCCAUACUUUGA